GGAAAGGGCGGAGCUAUAACGGUGGUCCAAGCGCCUCCCUCCCUUGCUCACAGCGCAACACUUCAGAAGAGCCGGAGCAGCUUUGGGUAGCAGGCGGUUCGGCGCGGGAUUCUUUUCCCCCAGUUAGCGAGAAGAAUCAAAGCAAAAAGAUGAAUGUUGGGGUUGCUCACAGCGAAGUCAAUCCCAACACAAGGGUCAUGAGCAGUCGAGGAAUGUGGCUCACGUACGCCCUUGGAGUUGGUUUGCUUCAUAUUGUCUUGCUCAGCAUUCCUUUCUUCAGUGUUCCAGUGGCUUGGACCUUAACCAAUAUUAUUCAUAAUUUGGGAAUGUAUGUAUUUUUGCAUGCAGUAAAAGGAACACCUUUUGAAACACCUGAUCAAGGUAAAGCAAGAUUGCUGACACAUUGGGAACAGCUGGAUUAUGGCGUACAGUUUACAUCUUCACGAAAAUUCUUCACAAUUUCACCGAUAAUUUUGUAUUUCUUGGCAAGCUUCUACACCAAAUACGACCCAACCCAUUUCAUUCUAAACACAGCUUCUCUCUUGAGUGUGCUUAUUCCCAAACUGCCACAGCUGCAUGGAGUUAGGAUCUUUGGAAUCAACAAAUAUUGAGCUGGAGAUGGGCAAUGUGAGCAUUCUGACCAAAAAGUGGCUUGGUUUGAUCCUUGUCCUUGACAGAAGGAAUAGCCUAUUCUAUGUAUUAUUAGAUAAGUUUCACAUCUCUUUGGAGACUCUAGUGCGAAGAAGCUUAUGCUGUUCUUUACAAGAGAAUCGGAGACUAUCAGAAGAUACACUAAUCUUGAUGACAGAUCUUUGGAGCACAGAUUUUUGUAAAUAGCUGGGCAGGCCUAGCUCUCCUAAGGUAACAGUAUUGACUGGAAAUGGGCUGAAAUAACAAGUAAAGUGAAAAGGGAUACGAAAAAUGUUAUUGACGCAUAAGUUGUAAUCUUUUACAAGUAAGUCAGCAACAAUGAAGGAGUGGACGGAAGAAAUACAGCAAUUCUUUGUUUUACAGACUUCAAUCAGUUAUCAUUUGGUGUCAUUUGUUUGGCUAAUUUUAGGGCAAGAUUUGCCACUCAGCUUGAGAUGUUAUAAAAUUAAUGAGUUGCUGUGAUUUUCAUGCCUUAUUCAUGUGUCUUUUAAUCAGAGUGAACUUUUGCAGUGUGAGAUCUUUGAACUCUGGGAAUGACAUGUCAACUUUUCAGGGCUUUAUAUACAAUUAAACUGAUUGGUAUCAUACUACUUAUUUUCCAGAAGUAGGUGAUUAUUAUCAUUCUACUGUAUCUGAAAAAAACUUUCCUCAUAAACAAAAAAAAAUUCCUAAUGUCAGAAACUAGCAGAAGCUAAUGAAUAAACUGAAUUUUCUGGCCUAUUUGUUACUGAUUAGAACUGCAAUCUGUUAGAGAAAUUCUAGGAAAGGUAGUAAUUUUGAAUAGAAACUUUAUGUGACAAGAAUUUCAAACUUCAAGCAGAGCAUAACUUGUUCUCAUUGUGGAACAGAUUUGAUUUGGAAGAAGUGCUUUGGGCCUUCAUUAUAAUAACCCUGAAUAUUCCAAAGCAAGACUAAAAAAAUGCCUCUGCUUUAUGGAGUCUGCUCAUUAAAUUUAAUGUGAGUUCUAAAGUGAUCCAUUGGGGAGCAAUAUAGAUGGGUGGGCAGCUUUCACAGAUAAUAGAGAAAUAGUGUGCUUGCCUGAGGUCUGCUAAUGCUCCUUCCUGAUCAUUUUCAAAGCAUGCACAGUCCAAUCACUGUUUUUGCAUCCAAAGGAACUUAGUAAAAAUUCAACACAGUUGUGUUUUUUAUAUCUAGCAUUUGGAGCAUUUUGAUGUAGGGAUUUUAAGGUCGUAGUUUCGGAAAUGUACAAUCAUGCCUAAUGUUGACAGCAGAAAAAUAAUGGGUUAUUGAACAUGAAUAAACUAACUAGUAGUAGUUCUGCUUAACUGCUUCUCUACCCACAAAGACCCUUGAAGUUAGAGCAGUGGUGAUUAUGUCCUCAAAGUAAGAACUGACUUCUUUCAGGUAAUUACAGUUUCUCUCUGAUCUUGCUUCUUGAAAAUAUCUUUUAAAAAUAUCCGUGUUUUAUAAUAAUAAACUGACUUUGAACUUAUCAUAUGUAUGGGUCAUUGUAAGUAUAGUUCACUGUGAUAAACAGCACUGUACAAAUUGCUGUUAAACUGUAAAUAGAAUUAGUGAUAAUGUAGCGAUGGUAUUUUGGCCUCCAUAUUAAUUGUAUGCAAAACUAAGUAAGAAGCCUUUUCAAUAGUUACACAAGAUUGAUGUGGUAGGUUUUUCUGUCUAGUACUGAUUUUUAUGGUUUAUACCAAUUAAAAUAAUUUGUCCUGAAAAAAA